UUUUUCUUAAUCAAUAUGUCUGGACGGAUAAUUUGGGACGGGGGAAGUAUAUAUCAGGAGGCAGAAAAUGCAGUUCACAGUAUUUCACGUUCAAAAGAAAUGGAGCAGAAUAUUUCCAAAUUUGCUUCCUCAAAUAGUUUGAAACAAAAGAAAAUAAAUAUUCUAAAAACCUAUAGACAUUGCUGUUGAUCAUCAACAGAUCAAAAUAUUCCACUGACUUUAUUACAUAAAAGAAGAAAAAAGACAAGCAAAUGUGAACAGAAUAAAUGCAAAUGAUGGUCCCCCAACCUUAAUCACCGACGCUGAUGGAUCCUAUGAUCAAUGUGAAAAUAGUUAAUCUAUCAAAAAACAUUUUGGUCUUGUCUAGAAGAAAAUACAUGUAGAACAUAACAAUGGUGAAUUCUCCGUCAUCUGAGCAUAAUGGUGUUGUUGAAAUUAACAAACAUGUACCUGAAGAACGAGAAUCCAAUCGUCUAUUAUCUGACGAUGAUGAUCAGGUUAAAAAUAAAAUCUUGGCGAUCGAAAUAGAUAGAGCUGAUGCGGCUGAUGAGGUGGUGCCACAUUUUUCAUGGAGGAAAUUAUGGGAGUUUACAGGGCCGGGUUUUUUAAUGAGUGUUGCAUUUCUUGAUCCAGGGAAUUUGGAAGGAGAUUUGCAGGCUGGAGCUAUCGCGGGCUACACGUUGCUAUGGUUGCUUAUGUGGUCCACUUUCAUGGGCUUGCUCAUUCAGCUAUUGUCGUUGAGGUUGGGUGUCGCUACAGGCCGGCAUUUAGCUGAGAUCUGUCGGGAGGAAUAUCCGAAUUGGGCCACGAUUUUGCUUUGGUUAAUGGCGGAGGUGGCGUUGAUUGGAGCUGAUAUUCAGGAAGUUAUAGGAAGUGCUGUUGCUAUUAAGAUACUCAGUCGUGGGGUUAUUCCUCUUUGGGGUGGUGUCCUUAUUACUGCUUCUGAUUGCUUCAUCUUCUUAUUUCUGGAAAAUUAUGGAGUUAGGAAACUAGAAGCAUUUUUUGCUGUUCUAAUUUCCACAAUGGCAUUAUCAUUUGCCUGGAUGUUUGCUGACACUAGGCCUAGUAGCAAGGAACUAAUAAUAGGUCUUUUGCUACCUAGACUCAGCUCAAAGACAAUUCAGAAGGCUGUUGGAGUUGUUGGUUGUGUCAUAACUCCUCACAACGUAUUUCUGUACUCCGCUUUGGUGCAGACGCGAAAAAUUGAUCCCAAAAAGAAAGAAAAGGUGCAAGAGGCACUGAACUACUACUCAAUCGAGUCUUACGUUGCUGUUUUUGUUUCAUUCUCUAUCAAUUUGAUGGUAACAGCUGUGUUUGCUAAGGGUUUUUAUGGAACUGCGCGAGCUAAUAGUAUAGGCCUAGCAAAUGCAGGGCAAUAUCUUCAAGAAAGGUAUGGUGGAGGUUUAUUCCCAAUUCUCUACAUAUGGGGCAUUGGCCUUUUGGCAGCAGGUCAAAGUAGCACCAUGACAGGUACUUAUGCUGGACAGUUUAUAAUGGGAGGAUUUCUGAAUCUGCGGAUGAAGAAAUGGAUAAGGUCAGUGAUUACGAGGAGUUGUGCCAUCAUGCCAACCAUAAUUGUGGCCAUUUAUUUCAACAGAUCAGAAGAUUCACUCGAUGUUCUGAACGAAUGGCUAAAUGUGCUUCAAGGCAUGCAGAUUCCCUUUGCUAUCAUUCCUCUUCUAACAUUAGUGUCAAAUGAGAAGAUCAUGGGAGUCUUCAAGAUUGGGAAGCUCAUGGAGAGAACUGUGUGGACAGUUGCUGCCAUGGUAAUAAUGAUCAAUGGGUAUGUCAUGUUAAGCUUCUUCCUUUCUGAAGUUAACGGCCUGCUGUUUGGUGUUGUGGCUUGCGCGGGUGCUUCUGCAUAUGUGGCUUUUCUUGUUUAUCUCAUUGCCCAGCGUCAUAACCAUGCGGAGUUGAAUGGCUUUAUUCACCUUGCAACUUGAGUUAACAGUUAAAAGAAUUCUGAAAUAUUCAAAACUUCAUAAGGCCCAGGGAAAUGGCAGACAGGAUAGUGCAUUUGUAAAGGAGAGUUCAUGAUUAUAAUAACAGCACUACUUUGGAGUACAGAAGGUUUAAUCUGAAAAUUCUUGCAAUUUGGCACUAGAGAGGCAGAGAGCCGUGACAAAAGCUGAGCCAGGGAAUCAAACAUGAAGAUUUAUGUUGUUCGGGCCUUCUAAAAACCAAUUGCUUCUGGAGGAUUCGACACACCCGACAGUAUUUUAAAGAGGCCAAGCAACAUAGAUAGUGAUGGAUUAUGCAUCACAAGCAGAUAGUAUCUCCCACAUUGCCUCUAGCACUAGCUUGAUUGAUUAGGAAGGAGCUGCUAUUCUCUUUUACUGUAUACAAUGAAAGAGUGUUGAAAUAUAUUAUUUGUUAAGAGUUAACUGUGCAGCUGUUAGAGCUAACUUUAGUUACUAUGUGUUGAUGUUUCAUUGAUCUUGCAAUGUAACUAAUUACAGUGGAUGGAGUGAUCAGUGAAUUAGUGAGUUGGUUUGUUAGAAUCUUCUAGAUGCUAUUAGAAUGAGUGGUCAGUCUAUAAAUAUCCAGCUGGAUAUUCAUUGUAACCAACUUCUUCCUUCUUCACAAAACAAAAUAAUACAACUUUCUCCUUCUUCAA